CCUUGCGUUUAGCACCAAUCAGUUCCCUCGAGCCUCCCUCCCCGGUUCAAGGGUCGUCGUCCACGGCGCUGACUCGAACCGAUCCGGCUCCGGCCCGAUCGCGUCGCUUCUUCCUCUUUUAAACGCCCAUGCCCCUCUCCAACGGUCGUCUCAGCCUCCCCUUCCCUUCCUCCCCCGCAACAACACCCUAACCCUAGACCUCGUCCCUCACCCCGCCCAUGGCGUCGUGCCUCGUCCUCCUCGCUCUCUCCGUCCCGCCCGUUGGCCUCCUUCUCGCCCUCGCCGUCCUCGUCCGCCCCCGGCCCGUCCGGAUCCCCCUCAAGGGCCGCCACGUGCUCAUCACGGGCGGCUCCAGCGGCAUCGGCCUCGCCCUCGCCCGCUCCGCCGCCGCCGAGGGCGCCCGCGUCUCCAUCCUCGCCCGCAACGCCGCGCGCCUCGAGGAGGCCCGCGACGCGAUCCGCCGCGCCACGGGGUGCGACGUCUCGGCCUUCUCCGCCGACGUCCGGGACGCCGACGCCGUGGCCCGGGCCGUGGAGGCGGCGGGCACCGUCGACGUGCUGGUGUGCAACCACGGCGUGUUCGUGCCGCAGGAGCUGGAGAAGCAGGAGCUCGAGGAGGUGCGGUUCAUGGUGGACGUCAACCUCAUGGGCACCUUCAACCUCAUCAAGGCCGCGCUCCCCGCGAUGAAGCAGAGGGCGCGCGACACCGGCCUCCCCGCCUCCAUCGCCAUCAUGUCCUCCCAGGCCGGCCAGGUGGGAGUUUACGGUUACACGGCUUACUCAGCAAGCAAAUUCGCCCUUAGGGGCUUAGGGGAGGCAUUACAGCAUGAGGUCAUCGCGGAUAACAUUCAUGUGUCCCUGAUAUUUCCUCCAGAUACAGAGACCCCGGGCUUUGCUGAAGAGCAUAAGAGGAGGCCAGAGCUGACGAAUAUGAUAGCGGGAUCAUCAGGCGAAAUGAAGGCUGAUGAUGUCGCCAGAAAAGCACUAGAUGGCAUUAAAGUUGGCAAAUUCAUUGUCCCCUGCAACUUCGAAGGUACCAUGCUCUCCAUAGCAACUGCUGGCUUGUCUCCGCAAAGAUCAUUCUUGGGGGCACUUUUCGAGGUGCUCGGUGCCAGUUUCAUGCGCUUUUUGGGUCUAUGUUUCCAAUGGAAUUGGUUUACUACUAUAGAGAAGUGGCACGCCAAGAAGAAGAGGGCAUGAAUAGCCAAUAAUAGUUUCGGUGAUGUUAAAUCCUCCUUGUCUUAAUGAAAAGCGUCAGUAGAAAUUUUCCUGCUAUAGUAACAUCCUCUAGGUUGGGUUGGUUUAUGUAUCGUUCAAAGAUUUAUGUUGUUCAACUUUUCUUAAACCUGCUAUUAUACUUUUUUUGAGUUACUGAUGCGGUGGCCGUGACCACUCUCUUAGAUCAACUGGAGGAAAUUAUGUUAUAUUGUUGU